AAGCAACGUUGCGCAUAAAUAUCGGGUAACAAUAACAAAAUAUCCACAUACUAUGGAAACCCUAGCUAAAAGUAGAGGAUCAACACAUUCACCGCUCCUCCUCUCAUAACAAAUUCAUCAAAUUAUUGUAUGAAAUAAAAUAUAUAAAAAGUACUUACUAAAUUAGUAUUUUUUUUUUUAACAAAUUGUUUGGUUCUUAGAACAAGAACUUUCCGGGUGGUAGGCACCCUAAGCUCUAUCGCUAUCAUUAGAAAAAGUCCAACAAACCUUUAUAAACCAAGAUAACCCAAACUUGUUGAUUGUGAUUGGGUUUUCCAAAAUGAAUGAGCGAUUGGAGUGCUCUCCAUCGCUUAAACACAAGCUUAAACACACAUUAUUAUGUGGCUGUUUCAAGCAUCAUUCUGCCGACUACGACCACUUGCCUGAUGACGCCUCCUCCGCCUUCCACCACCAACACAAUAAUCACCGCCUCACUCGAACCUCCUCUGCGGGUGGGGGUGAGGGUAGUGGCAGGAUGAGAUCAUCAAGGUCUGAAGAGUUUUUGAAUUUAAAACAUAAAUGUCGCAGUCUCAUGAUCAGGAUGGGGACGAGCACCCCACGUGGUCAACAUCAUAGGAAAUCUCAAUCUACGGAUUUUCGUUACGACCCUCUUAGCUAUUCUCUCAACUUCGAUGAGGAUGAUACUCUUGUUGAUGAUUAUCCCUAUCGAAACUUCUCUGCUAGGUUGCCGCCGUCGCUGCCUCCGGAUCCUCCAACAAGGUCCAUUUCUGAUGGGGCGCUCGAUAUGGCCGCAUCUUCCCAUCAGGAUGAAACAUCUUCUACGUCUACGACCCUCAGCACUCUUCCACCGGCCAGGGUCAUCACAGCGUACAGCUAAAUUUUAUUUAUUUUAUUUUUUUACAAGUUUUGGUUAUAUUGCAAUAUAAAGUUACGUUGUUGAUCUAUAGGAUUAAUUUGUUUUGGUUCUAUAGGAAAAAGGAAAUGAUAUACGUGUGUUGACUUUUUUUUUUUAAUUACAUCAUUUACAUGGGAUUUUAUUCAAUAUGCGUGGACAGAAUUAUGAUUUAAUAAUGGGUUUUAUCAAUAUAUAGAUGGUAUGUCAUCAA